GUGCAGCUACCCGCUGUCCAGCCUCUCCAAUUCUGAGGUAACACGACCACGAUUGCACGCGCAGGAGAACACCGCAGAACCUUCAUCCGUUCACGAGCACCAAGAGGAAAGCCGAACUACUGACGUUCUCUACAGAGCUGUCCGCAACGCCGGACGAGCUCGUUCACGCACGUUAGCGCCCAACAUCGGCAUCAAGCCAAGGGCGACAAACACCGCCUUCUUACCUUCACGGCUUUUACGACAUUACGAAAAUCUGGUUCACUGGUUAUUGUUAGCCUCGGCGCGCUUUGUUUGGUCUCGGUCCCUGCAUCAAACACCACUUGGACUUUCGUAGUCUGGUACAUCUAUAACUGCGUCAUCACUUCUAAAAACUUCGAGAAGAACUCAUCACCAUGUCGGACCAGGGGCUGUCGGCUCCUGGGAGCAGCGCCUAUUCAUCCGAUUCUUUGUACGUCGGUGAUGGAACAUGGGAUUCACAGCGCAACACCUUCCUGUUGCCCAACCUGAUGGGUAUCAACUUCGACACAAUGCGCUACAAUGGCAUGGGUAAUCGCUUUCGCAACAUGGUAGGCUACAAGCCACUCAUUCUUGCUCACGGUAUCCUCGCCGCUAUCACCUUCCUCUUCGUCGUGCCAGGUGCCAUCUUCAUGGCCCGGUUCUACCACCGCAAUCCACGACUGGCGCUGCGCGUUCACAUCUGGCUUCAGGUCAUGACAUUACUCCUCGCAACUGCCCUUAUUGUGUUGGGCUUUCAGGCUGUCGGGCCGGAGAGGUCACUGACGAACCCGCACCACGGCAUCGGCGUAGCGCUGUACGCUCUGGUUGUUCUCCAGGUCUUGGGAGGGUCUAUCAUACAUCGCCUGGAGAAAGGCAAGGAGCGCUUCAAGGUGCCGCUUAAGCUCAUUCUACAUCAAUGGGUCGGCCGUGUUGUCUUGCUUUUGGGGAUAGCACAAAUCCCGCUCGGAUUGACGCUUUGGGGCUCACCAUUGGUAUUGUUCAUUCUGUUUGCAGUAUGGGCAUUCCUUCUUUUGAUUGUUUACUUUGUGCUUUCAUACAGGAACCAACCGGAGAUGGGUUUCGAUGACAACACUACCUACAUCACUGAUCGUUCUGCGAGUACCAGAAGCCGGAGAAGUCGUGGCGGUGGACGUGGAAUUGGAGCUUUAGCAACAGCCGGUGCAGCUGGUGCUGGGCUUGCUGCAUUAGCAUCCAGGAACAGCUACAGUCGCAGUCGCAGCAGACGCCGUGGGGAUGAAACGACUGUCUUGAGCUCGCGUCCUGAUUCUCGCUCUCGGGUCACGGAUUCACGAUUUAACGAGUCUUAUAUGAGCGACGAAAAGUACAACGACACACGCAAAGGCUCUACGUGGAAGGAUCGUCUGAUGGGUGCCGGUGCGGCAGCAGGAGGAAUUUUCGCCAUCAAAUCUUUGUUUGGAAAAAAGAAAGACAGGCGCGCUUACACUGAAACAUCGACUGGUAGCGAUAUCAGCUAUGGCCGCCCUCUGGGUCAGUCUGAGGUCACUCAAACAGAUAUCAGCCGCCUUGAGGAAGGUAUGGCUCCUGACUCACCUAAGAGGAACCAGGACUGGCGUCGCGUUGAAGAGAGAGAAGCUGCGCAAGCGGCUGCCAUGGGUGCAAGCCCAGUGCGACCUGGCCAUCGAUCAACAAGAAGCGGUGGGUCCAUAGACUCUUUCGACAGCCGAACAAGCUUCAACACUCACCACGAUUCUCGCCCGCUGAGAGAGGAGUCUGGUUAUGGAGUCAAAGAUGGGAUUAUGACACUUGGAGUUCUUGGAUUCAUCAAGCACACCUUCAACAAGCGCAAGAACGCGAAAGAAGACGCACGAAUUGAGGAGAUGAGACAGCAUGACAUGGAAGAAGAGAAAAUGGCCCGAGCGAACAGCAACCGCCGAAGAUUCACUGGUGACGGUGCCGCACCGCGCAGACAUGGGCCACCGUCAACUAUCUAUUCCGAAACCGAAAUUUCGGGCAUGACACCUUCGGUGGCAAGGCCAAACGCUCCUCCAGUUAUGACCUCGUCUGCUGGUCCCUCCGUCCUACGCCCAACCGACAACACUGUCCUCUCUGAUUCUGGAUCUGAGGCCUAUGUGUCUCCUGGUGGGCGCUCUCACCGUCGCCAUCGCAAUUCCGCAGGCGCCGCAGCUCUGGCUGGUGGGGCAGCAGCAGGAGCUCCAUCUGGAUCUCCCUCGAGACGGAGGAACAGUCGAGAUGAGAGUAUCGUAUCUCCUCCAGUGUCUGUAAAAGUCAAGAUGCACAACGAUGGCCGACACGUCACGCUUCGACGUCUGAAUGAGGAGGAGGCGGCAGCAGAACGAGAUGCUAGGAGACGAGAGCGACAACGCAGAACCCGCACUGGCAGCAUGUCUUCAUUGAGCCAGCUUGAUGGAGACCGUUGGCGGAGAACAGAGGCCCUUGAGGCACAGCAGGCGCAAGAGAUGGCGCAAGCAGGCCUGUCACCUGCAUCGCCAGCUGGAGCGCCAUUACAGAUGCCAGAACCAUACGUCCCUCCUCCUCCUCCAGGGCCACCUUCAAAUUUCGCUUCUCCAGUACAGAGGCCGUCACCGCAGACAGGCUUCCUCCCUCCUCCGCCAGAUCCUGCUGGUGACCCCAGUAUCCUAAGCAGCCCUCAAGGAACUCAGGUAUAUGGCACAGAGACCGACGUCAGCAACUACGACACGAAUCGUAGAAGGAGAAGGGCCGAGAGAGCGCAAGCGAAACAAGCUAGAUCGGGUGGUAGUCGAGUGGAGUUCUCGUGAAGAUAGUGUCAGUGCUAAUGGUUGAGCGCAAGUGCUGCACGAUGGUUGCAACUGCAUUUUCAGGCGUCAUUUAUUUUUUGUGUAGUUCACAAACGAGUGGGCAAAUACCGUUGUAGAGCCUUGCCGCAUGGUAUAUAAAUACAUCCCGUGUUCACCGAUG